AUGGAUGCUAUAUCAGAUAGAGUAUUUACAGAGACGUCACUUGAGUCCACCACCAACGAUGAGCCAUCACUACUCACCAUUAUCCUUGACAUUUCCCCCAAAGGAUGGUACAAUAUCCGCAACUCCAUAUCUUUACAAGAUGUAGCCAAAUCUUUACUCGUGUUUUUAAAUGGACAUCUAUCAAUAAACAAUUCCAAUCAAGUGGCGUUUAUUGCCAGUCUGCCUCAUACUUCGAAAUUCCUAUAUCCACAUCCAACAAACGCCAAUGCGGACAGUGGCAUAACAAAAUCCAAAAUAUCGCCAGGGAUGUAUCGACAAUUUAAAAAUGUUGAUGAGGUUGUAUUACAAGAAUUGGAUCAAUUUGUUCAAGAAACGAGUCAACAGUUGCAUAAUGCCACUGCUAGACAUUCGAGUAUCACCGGUGCCAUUAGUAUGGCUCUAACUUACACGUAUCGAAUGUCAAUCUUGGAUCAAUCAAUACAAACAACUACGGCAGCAGCAAUAAAUACAUCCACCAUGAGUAGCGCUAAGCAGUCGGAAGUAGCAGCAGCAUCAUCUUCAACAACUGCCUCGACAACUAGUGCCACCGCGGCGGUUUCGUCAUCUUCAACAUCACUCAAAUCACGUAUUUUGAUAGUUAGUGCCAACGAUGGCGAUGACAGCAUAAAUUAUAUCCCAUUGAUGAAUUGCAUCUUUACGGCUCAAAAGCUUAAAGUAUCAAUUGACGUUGCUAAAUUGGGGUUCAAAAAUUCAUCCUAUUUACAACAAGCCAGUGAUGCAACCAAUGGAGUAUACUUACAUAUUGAAGAUCCUCGAGGUAUAACUCAAGUCCUAGCAACUGCAUUCUUUAUUGAACCAAGCUUGCGUCCCUAUAUCAUUUUGCCAACAAAUACACAAGUUAACUACAAAGCCAGUUGUUUCAUCACUAAAAAACCAGUCGAUGUUGGAUUUGUUUGUUCAGUUUGUUUAUGUAUAAUGAGCAGCAUACCUGAUGAUGGCAAAUGCCCUGCUUGUUCCAGUGAUUUUGAUAAACGAAGUAUAAAUGAAUUGACUAAAAUACCACAAGUCGUGACUAAAAAGAAACGCAAGUUGGAAGAUGGAACUAAUGGCAAAAAUCAAACAGAAAGGUUAGUUGUUGAUAGUUGA